CUUCCUCUCCUUUUUUGAAAAUGUCCCUCUUUUGGUAGCUGUUACGAAUUUCAGGUACCUGUUUUUCUCUUUCUCAGACACCACACGCGGUUCUGCUGUUAAAAGGUUUUCUAUCUCAUUUGCUCGACACCCAACCAAUGGUUUUGAACUGUAUUCCAUGGUGCCUUCUAUAUGCCCUUUGGAAACCCUACACAAUUCCCUGUCUCUAAAGCAGGUGGAUGAAUUUCUUGCCUCUGUUGCUGCUCCAUCAAGUGAAAAUCUCCAGGAGACAUCUUCUCCAACUUGCAUGAGUCCACUGUCAGGAAGGAAGAGUUUGUUAAAUACAUACACCCCUGCAAAAAUUCUCCCAACACCACUUGAAGCUUUGCCUGAAAGGCUAGCAGUAGAGAAAAUACCCACAUCUACCAGUGGAUCUGCUGGCUGUGAAACUAGUGUUAAGCUGUCUCCAGAAGAAACCUCCCACAAUGUAAAAGUUAGUGCUGAAACUCUUUCUGAGAAGAAAUGA